AUGGAUGAAUCUAACAGGACAACAACCAAACCACCUGAACCCACAGGAAGUGAGUGUGUGAUGAAGAGAAGUUUCAGAUCAGUUACAGUGUGUUUGGUGGUGCUGUGUGUUCUUCUACUGACUGCAGUCAUAGUGCUGUGUGUCCUGAUCAACACAAACAAUCACCAGUUUCACAUCAGGAGCAAAACCAUCAUAGAAGAGAGAGACCACCUACUAACCAAAUAUACCAACCUCACAAAAGAGAAAAGCCAACUAUUAUUAAAUCUUAACAAUUUGACAACAGAAAAUGAUAGAUUAUUAACCAACCUUAAUAAACAAAAUGGAUGGAAAGUAUUUCAAUCUAGUUUGUACUUCAUAUCAUCUGAGAAGAAGACCUGGAGCGAUAGCAGAACAAACUGCAUACAGAGAGGAGCAGAUCUGAUCAUCAUUAACAAUCAAGAGGAACAAGGUUUUGUUAAGAACGUGUCUGGUAUAGAAUAUUGGAUUGGUUUGUCUGACAGCGAUGUAGAGGGCAGAUGGAAAUGGGUUGACGGCAGCACACUGACCACUAGCUUCUGGGAGAAAUCACCUUCUAUAAAUGAGCCCAAUGGUGGAACAGCAGAGAACUGUGCUGUAACUUAUUCAUCAGGAUGGUUUGAUUACUCAUGUACUAAAACUUUGAACUGGAUCUGUGAGAAAAACAUGUUUAAAUGAGAUACUUCUUUCAGUAAACUGUGAACACCAAAACUUUC